AUGGCCAGCUGGGGUCAGCAUGCUCAAGGAGAAUGGUCCGUGGAUGAUAUGCCGGACCAAACUGGAAAGGUAUUCCUCAUAACUGGAGGAAAUACGGGGCUUGGUAAGCUCUCACAAUCUCGAGCCGCGCUGCUCAGACGAAACGCGAAGGUAUACAUCACCAGUCGAGAUCGAGAGCGUGGCCAACAAGCACUCGAACGGCUUCGGAGGAUCUCAGAAACAAUUCACGUUCUACCGCUGGACCUGUCCGACUUACAUUCAGUUCGAAGAGCAGCGCUUGAAUUCAUGCGACGCGAGAAAUACCUUCACGUCCUCAUCAACAAUGCCGGCGUAAUGUGCACCCCAGCUGCACUUCUGACCCACCAGUGCUACGACUUCCAAUUCGGUGUAAACGCGCUUGGGCACUUCUACCUCACCCAUCUUCUCUUGCCAGUUCUCCUGACCACCGCAAGCGCCGUUGCGCGUGCCCUCGACAAGGUGCGCGUGGUCCACUACACCUGCACGCUUCCGCUAUCGAGCCGAGUCGACUACACAACCCUCAUGGACGGGCCUGUGCGGCGGAAACGAACGCCCGGGCAACUUUAUCAGCAAUCUAAGCUGGCAGACCUGCUUCUCGCAGUAGAAUUGGCCGACCAGUAUGCCGACCAGGGUAUUGUGUCCAUCGCGGUAAACCCAGGAAACACGUUCACCGAGCUGACGAGACAUACUAAAGGCGUCGGAACCGCCAUCUGGAACAUGCUCUCGCACGACGUCUCGAAGGGCAUCAUCUCCCCGCUCUUCGCAGCAACCGCUCCCAUAGUCUUGGACAUGAACGGAAAGCUUCUUGGCCCCCGCGCACGAGUGCAAGAUAUCCCCACAUCCAUGAUGGAACGGUGCGCCGGGGAGACGCUGUGGGACUGGCUGGCUGCCCAGACAGAAUGCUUUGAGAUCGUCAACGGUAUCGGGCCUAUAUUCCGAUUCCACAAAGAAUCGGUCUUGCCUAUGAGAAAUGGCUCGGUCACGUGA